GCGCAUACUUGUUUCGAAUUUGAGAUAACAAUCUACUUUAUUCACGAACACACACAAAAUUUUCACAACAGAACGAAUCCUUACUUGAUUCUCCAAACAUAUACACACAUAUGUGUAUGUAUCUAUUCAUGACGAUAUCUACUUGAAGCCUCUGAAUUGUUCUGCGUUUUGGUUACUCUUGCUUUAAAGUUGUUAAAAGUGCUCUAUCAUUUCGGUUGACGAAGAUGGGCAGUACAUUCAAUCCUCAAAUUUUGAGGGAGAAGUUGGCCAAGCUCAACAGUUCACAGCAGAGUAUUGAAACUCUAUCCCAUUGGUGUAUAUUUCACAUGAACAAUGCGAAGAGUGUUGUUGAGACAUGGGAAAGUCAAUUCCACUCUUCCCCGCGUGAACAGAGGUUGGCUUUCCUGUAUCUAUCAAAUGACAUCCUGCAGAACAGUAGGCGAAAGGGUGCUGAGUUUGUUGGUGAGUUUUGGAAGGUUCUUCCAAAUGCACUUCGGGAUGUAAUUGAAGCUGGACAAGAGUUUGAGAGAAAUGCUGCACUACGGCUGAUUAAUAUAUGGGAGGAAAGGAAAGUCUUUGGCUCUCGAGGUCAGCUUCUCAAGGAAGAGCUUGUAGGAAAAAAGCUGGACACAAAUAACAGACCUGGGAACUCUUUCGGGUUUAAGCUGAGAAAUUCUGCUGGAAAUGCAUUGGACAAAAUAGUUUCUGGCUAUCACACUGUUUAUGGCAGUCAACUGGAUGAAGAUGCUAUACUGAGCAAAUGUAGGAACGCAGUCAGCUGUGUUCAGAAAGUAGACAAGGAAAUUGGCGGAGAUAUUGAAUCAGCGCAAUUCAAUGGAUCGGGCAUAGUAGAGGAGAUUAAGGAGCAACACACUAUAUUAACUAAUUGCAUUGGACAGUUAAUGACUAUGCAAUCUUCUAGAGAAAAUCUCGUCUCUCAUCUCAGACAGGCUCUUGAGGAACAGGAAAUCAAGCUAGGUCAAAUUCGCAAUCAGCUUCAGGCAGCACAAUCUCUCUCAGCCCUUGCUGGUAGUCUUUGUGGACAAUUUGUAAAUGGAAAUGCUGAGCAGUCCCUAGCUGAUCAGAAUAAGGAAACACAAACCUCGAAAGAGAAACAGAGCUACUUGACUGGAAAGGAAGAGCAAACAGCUCCGGUGAUGUACACACGACAGAUGACUUCUGCUGAAAAACCUGAUCAUUUUGAAGAUCCUAAAUCUGCUGCAGCCGCUGUGGCAGCAAAGCUUACAGCAUCCACAUCCUCAGCUCAAAUGCUGAGCUAUGUGUUGUCUUCUUUGGCGUCAGAGAGUGUCAUCAAUAAUGCAAUGAAUGAGUCUUCAGAUGAUUGCCCCCCUGAAAAGCGAGCCAAGAUUGAAAACCACGCCGCUUACAUUCCAUCCCAAAAUCCUCAACCACUUUUUCUGCAUCAGAAUGCAAUGCAACACAAUAAUCUAACUGCCCCCAAAGAGUCCUCAAAUUUAGAGGAGAAACCACCUCUGCCAUCAUCUCCUCCACCUAUGCCACCGCUUCCACCACCCAUGCAGUCAUAUCCUGCGCCGACAUUCAUGCAGAAUUCAGGGUCUAUACCUAGUUUACCCUAUGGUUACGGAGCACCCCAACAGCAGCCACCACCCUUCCCUUUUCCUGCUACGGGGGUUCAAUUUAAUGUGAUUCCUCCAUUUCCAGCCCCUUCAGUUGACCCUUAUCACAGUUAUCAGACUGAAGCUGGUUAUUAUGGCCAGCAAUCAUCAUUGUCAAUGGCUCCAAUCUCUAGGCAGUAGUGUGGGUUCUAAAUGCUGGGUAAUGGAAAGCAUGCAGGGAUAAACGUAAACCUUCUAACCGUUGUACGUUAGACUAUAGAGUUUUCACAUAUUUAGCUUUUCGUUGUAGACCGCAGAUAAAUAGAAAUUGUAAUUUGUUUAUUUAAAACUUGAAAGAAGUGAUUUUUUAUUUGUAUACUCUCUUAAUAAGCUUGUAACAGGUAGAAAGUUCAACUCUAGAUCUUAAUUUUGUAAUGUUCUUUCCAACGAUAAUCACAGGUCAUGGAAAGCAAGUACUUCAUUCA